GUCUCAUUGAAAUGGAUUGGUGUAUGCAAGCUAUAACUUCCCGGCGCGACUUCUUUUCCCUUCACUUCCCUUCAGUUGUGCGGGGGGUGGGGGAUGUAUAGGUUGAUUGUAUCAUUUAUAGUUUUCUACCGCCUUUAUUUCUUACCCCUUAUCAAAAUAGGGGCUGGGGGGGCGGAAUUGGCAGUAUUCUUCAUGGUAAUCUAAUGAACGGCCCAACAAAAGGAAUUAUUUUCUACCAACCAUAGCACUCCUCCUCGACCCCUUAUUAUGUGAUCGGAUAUAUUGUAAUUCCUUAUAUCUCAAGAACGGAAUGUUGGAGGAGCGUGUUCACAAAGGACGAUUGGGACGUCUGGAAGGAAUUCAUUGGUGAUGCCAAAACUUUAAGAGCGAAUAUCUCGAAAACGGUUUGUCACCGAGAAUACUCUCAAAGGCAAAGUGAAUUGUCUAGGCCUGGACGAAACAUAUGUACUGGUGAUGUCAAAAGUUUCCGAGCAAAUAUCUGUGUAACGGAGUGUUGGAGGAGGGUACUUUCAAAGGGGGGAAGAUCGUCUACACGCGACACAUCUACUGGCGAUGUAUAAACUUCAUUGCGAACAUCUCGAAAAUAUUAAAAGGAAAAUUCAAUAUUUCGGACAAUUUCUCUAGGGGCUUGAUUCUUCCUGCAUUAUAUAGCGUAGAUUUUGAAUGUAUACCAUCCGGCCUUUAAAUGUUUCCCAGCUAGCAAUUUAGGUGUCGGCAACCUGAGGCAAAAGAAAUUCGACCAAAGUAGAUGGAAAUUAUGUAAUGUUUAUGUUGAAUAGGUGAAAGUAAAUAUGUUACCUAUUAAGCACUGGUGACAUAUUGGUGAAAUAAAUUCUUAUUAGGAUCCAACAAAGUAUGGUAGUGGUAAAUGGUCAUCUAAUAGGUGAGGUACGUCAAAAAUACCAAUUAAGGAGUGGCAUAUACCUAACUUGUAUCACCUAAUAGGAGCAGUAGAUAGAAGGACCUUAUUUGUGCCAAUUUGUAACCUAACUAAAGGGACGAUUGUUACCUAAUUGGUAAUAUAUUCGUUCCAUGACUUAUUAGGUAACUUUGUUCACGUUAUAAAUAUAACCUAAUAGGAGAUAUAGGCCAAAGUCGACAAAAUGACUAAAUAGGAAUACAAGAAAAUUUCAUAGACACCUAAUAAGAGAAUACAGUUACUUACAUUUUGACCAAUAGGUUGAAAUGACUUGAAUAUUUCACCAUUAAGUUUUUUCGACCUAUUGGUCGAAACGACAGAUCACCUAUUUAGUACCAUUUCACCAAAAUAAAUAUAUUCCACUCGAGUGUAAUAAUGGCGCGAAAGUGCUGGUCUGUUUCACCUAUAAUCUGUUCACCCAACAGAUGCAGUUAAGCCACUCCCAAUAAAUUUUGACCAAUGUAAUAACAGACCCGUUUCACAGUCACAAAAUUAUAAAAACCGGGAAAUUUAAAAUCGCAUAUCACAUUGUACGACGAAGUUAUAAAGUGUUAUGUUUUGAAUAUUGACCUUUCAACACACAGCAGUACAUAGUUUCAAAUUGUUUAUUAAGUUCAGAAAGAUUAUUUUGUUCUUAUAAAUGAAAUUAACCGCAAUUUGAGGCAAGGCAAAUACAAAACGCAAUGACAGGUUUGACGUUAAGGAUGUCAAUUCAGAUACGGCAAUUAUAAUUGGAAGCAAAUCGUUGCGUGUGUUACAGGUUUUGAAAAUUCGGCCAAUUAAAAAUGUUCAUUUAAAUUUGCCGGGAAUUUUUUGGGGGGAGCUUUACUGCAUCUGGUGGGUGAACAGAUAAUAGUAGGUAUCAAUGUCAACCUAAACAAUAGGUAAUAGGUUGUGAAUCCCUGGUAGUAGGUAACAAUCAUAAGUUGUGUUGCUAACAGGUGUAUUAAUCUACCAAAAGAAGUUACAUGCGCUCCUAAUAGGUGUCGAUUUAGUGAACGUAGGUGGAGUUUGGUGUUGGACUUACACUUACAAGGUUGGUUUAGUUAGUUAGGUCGAAUUCCCAACAUACUUAGUUGCGAUUACACGUUUUAGGUGUACUUAAACAGACCACCAAUAAGUAUGUAAUACGGUAUUUACAUGAAUUUGUUACAAUUAGGUGUAUAAAAAUUGGUAAUAUUGUACACCAAUUAGGUAAUAGGUAUCAAAAGUAGCUUGUUCUUCACCAACUUGAAACAUGAGGUCGAAAAUAUAGGUGCAAAUUAGGGUACUCUACUUACUAGAUUAACGAGAAGGCAGACAUAUUUAUUGGCUAGCGUAGACGGACGAAAUAUCAUCAUACAUGUUUUUUUAGCAUUAAUGAAUAAAUAAUGUUCUACAAUUAAAAUCUAAUUAUAUUUAGGUAUUAUUAAUGAUUGUAUGUUUGAAUAAAAUAGUUAAACUGCCAAAAAUGUACAACUAUAAAAAUGAAAAACGAAUAAUUAUUUUUUUUAUUAUUUUUAUAAUAGUUAUUUCAGAGGGGCUUUGUGUUUUUUGAAGGCAGAAGAUAUAUGUUUGUCAUAGAAAAUGCAUUCGCACGAAAUAUUUCCACAUAGAAAUCAUGAAAUUAAACAUAUUCAAUAUUUUACAUAUAAUAGGUAAUUUGUCUGAUAUGACGCCAGCCAUAAAGUUCAUAACAGUAUUCUUAUUAACUGUAGGUACUAUUCUUUAAAAAGAGAGGACAAUAAUGGAAGUAUGGUUAUAAGUUCAAAACGACAUGUAGAAAAUAAGUAAUCCGCCACGUCGAUUCGACGUAGAAAAUUACCUAAUAAUGUGUCUAGACACCUAACACCUAGUUAAAUGACACCUAUUUAACUUAUUUCUCACAUCGAAUCGACGUGUCAAAAAACACCACUUAAGUCGAUUCGACAUCGAAUUUAUGUUAUACUGCACUUAUUGAAAUUGGUGUCGUUACUUAUUUCAAGUCGAAUCGACGUCGAAUGACACCUCAAUUGCUAGCUGGGUUAUGUGUAAAGAGCCCCCUCCCCUUAUAACCCAACCAUUUACUGAGCUAUUUCAGUUUAAAAAAAUGCACUUUAUCUGAACAAGAGUUGUGCACAAUUUAUACUUGAUUCCAUCUUAAGUCAAUUAAAAAACGUCAAAUUUCUAAGCAGCAGCGGUCCGUUUUUGAAAUUUCUUUCGACUGGAUACUGCAUAUCUUUAGCUUGGUAUAACCGGGUAGUAUCAGUGCUAUAUACGAAUGUUGAAGAUGCGAAUGAAGUGUCAAUUAUUGACUCCUUCUCUGAAGUGGUCAUAAGUGACCCCUGAAGAUCUAGCAGUACAUAAUGGUUUAAAAAAGCUGUAUAGUGGAUCGCCUGCCAUAGCAGCUGUAAGUAAACUAAUGUUUCAGGACAAAAGACAAAGGAGCUGUCAACUUCCGUCAGAUGAUGUAAAAUAGGAGAGUAUCGCCUUUUAGAUGUAGGUAUAACAAAGAGUAGGAAUGUUUUGCAUAGUGAAAACCCUUUUUUUUGUGCGGGUAAAUUCCACUACACAAUUUAUAGCUACUUGCUAUACCUAUAUAUUUUUUGAUGAGUGUUCACAGUAAAUCUCUUGCAGCAAUGGUUUUUAGGACCUAGUGUGUGCCAUGUUUUCAUCGCAUUUACGUCACUUAUGAACAUUAUUCUGUGAUUAUGAAUUAUUUACACUUCGCCCUUCACUACAUUCGUGGUUGCCAUGAAAACGUGUUCAUACAAACAUAAUGGAGUUACAAAGCAGACCUACUUCAAGUAGACAUUUAUAUUUUUUUUUUAUGAAUUCAUUUCGCUUUCUAAAUAAUGGCUAACAGUGCAAGUGCGAGCUCAAAUGAAAAAUCCCUUCAAAGGAGAAAAAGCUGUGACACAGUAUGUUCGUCAAAUUCCAGUUGUUUAAUGCAGAAACGUAAGCAAGUGCAUCCUCUUGCUGCAUCUUUAGGAACUUACGCACCACGAAAUACCUCAGUGCAGCAACGUGUGCUUUCUGCUCGGCUAUUGAAGCUGAGGUCCCUCCAGAAUAAGUUAAACGACGCCAAUUUUCAUGUGGCCGAACUACAACAAGAAAAUCGCGCUUUGAGGAACUUGCAAAGUAGACAAGAUAAAGCGUUAUCGAGGUACGAAGGCACGAAUGCUGAUUUGCCAAGAUUGCUGAAAUCUUACGAAGAAGACAUUCGAGUUUUAGCUACAAAAAAUAAGGCACUACGAAAAACAAUAAAAGACGUCAGUGACCAACUGAAAACCAAAGAUGAAGAAUUGGCGAAUGUUCGCAUGCAGCUAAGAAGUUUGACGGUGCUUACAAAAAAUAAGCAUCUCGGUGAGAGACAGAUGUUAACUGACCAAGUUGAAGACCUGAAAGAGAAAUUGAAAGGUAGUGACGAGCAGAUUAAUCUAUUAAACAGGAAGAUCCUGCUGGAGUCUAAGAAUUAUAAAACUAAAUUGAACGCGGAAGUGAUGAAAAGCAAACAAAGACAAAAAGAACUUUCACACGCACUUUCUGAAAUUGAUCGGCUUAAUGGGUUACUAGAGGGAAGCUCUAAACAUGGAACGGUAACCGAAAUUAAAGAUCACAAGCGAUUUUCUAGUAAUAAUCGACAAACUGUCUCCCUUACUAAUCUGAUAAAUGACAGAAUGAAGCCUAAACUAAAUUCAUUGAUGAAGGAGAAAUUGAAGGACUUUGAAAACGGCGAUGAAUCCGAACUUAAAUUGGAACCUAUUGCGACCACAGAAACAAAGGUGACAUUUUCGAGCGAGGUAACAAUGGUGUCGCCCAGUGAAAAUAUUAGAGCAAGGUUAUCGGCGAAUCUUGGCAAAGAAAUCGAUCAUCUAAGUAAAUCAGUCGAAGAACUAAGCUUGCCAGAUGAAGACAAUCACUUCCGUACAGUAAAACGUAAACUUUCCGGUAGCAAACUGGAAAAGUUUCCGUCUUCGGAUAUUUUCGAUAAGAAAUUCGAAGAGGUAAAAAAGGAGCAAGACAUUAAUAAACGUCUAGGGAACUGUUGCACCGAUAUACGAUCUACGGUUGUCGACUGUAGUGCGGUCGUUAAGAAACACCAAGAGGAUUACGCACAGGUGCACAACGAAACGGAAAAACUUCUAAGAGAUUUACACGAGACCGACGUCUUGAAUUCCAAAUUGCGCUGCUCGAAGUUUUUAAAUGCAGACAAGAUCGAAAUACCGGAAAAGGAUUUCGAAAUCGCAAACGAAAUUUGGGAAAACGAGUACAGCUUUCGGACGGAGUUGAUAAAACAGAACGGUGAUGGCGACGGUAAAUCUCAGUCGGAAUUAGGGGACGACAUUGGCGCAGACAAGAAGAAUAAAUUGUUAGCCACUUUACGCGCGAUCGACAAUAAUAACGAAAUUGACGAAUACUCCUUUCCAAGCCCAUCGAGUAAAUCUCACAAAUUCUCUGACGAUUAUUUUGACAGUUUGAAGUGAGAGUGUUGGAUUUAAUUAUUACCACUUUAUAACUAUAUCUCUAAUUUUUAUUAUAUAUGUUUUUGUACAAAUUUUUACACAUAAAUAAUGUAUAAUUCGAAUUAUUAUUUAUAUUUGAAAUGUUUAUUUGUUGUUACUAUUGGUUACUUAGUAUAGUGGAUUAAUUUUUAAAUAUUUUGAUGAUAUAUUACUGUUUGAUGAUAUUGUUGUAUAUGUAUUAAAAUCAAAGUGGAG